AUGCGACUGACGGUCAAGGUGCUGCCUCUGACGGCCGACAAUGCCUCGGGCCCGUACCAGGCUGACGCGCUGGCUGCCUUCCAGCAGCGCGUCUUUGCGCUCCCCGUCGACGCCGCAGACAGCUUCGAGCAGGUAUGGCGCAAAGUCGAGGACCGGUACAAGAACAACUACCUCGCGCCCCAGCACGCCGCCUUCUUCACCAUCAAGAAGCUGCAGGAUGGCCGCGACUGCGAUCUCGACCUGAGCGACACCGUCGGCUCCAUCUUCAGCGACGAGGCCGUCCAGGACCGCGUCGUGCAGGUCGUACCAAGCUUCGCGAACCGCCUCUUCUCCAUGCCACCCGAUACCAACCUGCGCCCGAACCCCCACAAACGUCCCAGGGAAGCGAGCGACGACGACGCAAACAAGCGGGCGCGGCAAGAGCCACCAUCUGCGCACGCUAUGGACAUGGAUGCCGCUGCCGACGGACCCAUACACUCAGUCGAAUCCGAAGACGACGACGACAACGGUGCAGGCAUGCGCAGCACAAUAGGCCAGGCGUCUCUCCAAAGCAGGCGUCGGGUACAAAGGUCCCACACGGGUGGCUCUGUGACUCUGGUGAGGGCAUUUCGCCAUGAGCAGCCCGAGUUCACCAAGUACAUAAAGUCGGAGUCUCCCGAGCUCGGUGCAUCGCCCUCUCACGAUGUACCUGGGGGCACAGCCAGAUCACCAGGUCGCUUGAAGAAGCCGGCGCACCACUCGUACGAUAUGGUCAUCACCACCCCCAAGGGACCUACAACUCAACCUCAGGGACAAUCCAGUCAGAAACCUAGUGAACCCGUGACGAAUCAAUCGACAUCCGCAAGUAGAAGCAGCAUCGAAGCGUGCAGGGUCAAGGCAAAGCUCCCAACUGGCGUUAAUGACUCUACGAGAACUUCGACUGGACCCAACACGCCUACAUCGUACGCCAGUCUGAGAAAAACCCAGCUUGCGGAGCUACUUCUUCUGCGUGGUAUGACACCACAGCAAAGAGGCCAUCGGAACAAGAAUGACAUGGUGCGACGCCUCAUCGAGUACGACGAACAAUCUUCGAAUAGCCCUCAUGCCGGCAGCAGUCUUGUUGUUCAGGAGACACCUCAGAACCACAGACGGACGGAAAAAGAGAAGUACGCGUCGCCAAGGAGCAGAAGAAAAAGUGCUUUCAAUGCCGAUGCACUGCUGCAAGCGGAUCGAAAUGUAUCUGAGCAUGGCGAGUCUAGCCAACAAUUAUCCGGAUCACCUUUGUCCGUUCAGGAUCAUCCAACGGUCAGAACCUUGUCACAGAAUUCACGUGCUUCCGCUAUUGAGAUCCGUCGGGCAACUCAUAGUGACGAUCCUAUUGGCGAAGUACUCACAGACGAACCGCUCCGGUCAUCAUCACUAUGCCUUGCGCAUGGAGGUUCGGGUAACGACACUUUAGCGGUUGACCAAGACAAGGUGGUUGAAGUCGAUAGUGACUAUCCCAGUUUUAGACUCCCACAAACUAAGCACGAUGCUCUUGAGAAGAGUAGUCCUGCCCCUAAUGAACCGCUUCGAUUGCAAAUGGUGGAAGCUCCUAAUGGACAGAGAUCGGAUAAUUCAGAAAGCAAUGGUGUUAGAAACGCCGAUACAGCUGCAAUCGAGGCACCUCAAGAAUCGUCUCGAGCAGCGCCACGCUCGCCAUCGCUGGAGCUUGUGCGAGAUACCAAAUCUGAGGGAAAGCCGCACGAAGAGGACGCUGCUCCUUGUCCUAGGAAGGAUACGCGGUCAUCGCCAGAACUAGGUGCUGACUAUUAUCUCAAUGGUGGAUCGUCUGUGUGGAAACGAAACGACUCUACCACGAGCGAAGAUGAGGCGAACAUGGCAGAUGGGCAGGCCGUUGAAGAAUUACUAGGUACAGAAGAGCGGAACGAGGCAGAUGAGCACAACGAGGCAGAUGAGCGCAACGAGGCAGAUGAGCGCAACGAGGCAGAUGAUCCUCUGAACCCCUCGGAAAGCGAUGACGAGACCAAGUCCAGAUCUACAAGUAGGCCAAACUCGAUCCGGUCAUCUCCAAUCGCGCUGCGAGAACCAGCCCAGUGGCUAACGCGGUCACCUUCACUUCAUCGACUUGAAAGUGAUGCCGAGUCGGGUGCGUCUAGAGCGUCAUCUCGUUCCCAAUCCCCGGUCAGUACCAUCCUCGACGGGGAUGAUGCCCUGGCCCACGACACCAACGACUCAAAGAGCGAUCCAGAGUCAGACGAGGAGCGUGAUGUUGACAGGGUGGACGUGUAUUCGACUCCUUCUCCAGCGCCUCCAGAGGCCCCUACUUCCGCCCAGCCGUCGCGAGCCUCUGUGGUCCCUGACACUCAGUCCUCAUCAACGCAGGUACCGGCGUUACAACCGCCCCCGCGGUCAGCACAGUCUAACGGCGGGAUUAAUGCAUGGUUCACCUCAGCAUCCCAGCCGCUCACGCGUUCAAGCCAGACCAACCUGCGCCCUCCCUCAGCGUCGCAGCCUGCACUUCUCAGACGCGGCCCGCGAAAUGCGACGGUGUACACAUCCUUGAAAGCCAUGCUGAACAACACCCGCGGACAAUCCAAAGGAGUACCGCCAGUCAAGUCCAAGCCGUCCACGUUCAAGACUGGGGAUCUAGGGAGCUUGAACCAGAAAAAGCUUCCUUCUGCACUGGACGAGGACAGCGAGGAUGAGAGCAGCCAGGGGAGUAGCAGUAGCAGUAGCGAUGAGGAGUCAUAG